UCUCCAAACUAGUAGUUUAGAAUUAGAUGCCUCAACACCAAAAAAUAAAAAAAGAAUUACAACAUUUGUCUCUAAAAAAGAAGAAGAAAAGAAAUCUAGAAAAAAAAAAAAAAAGUAAAAAAGACAGAGGAAGUAUAACACAGUGGCCGCUCCCAUUUCCCGGCCACCACGCUUACCGGAAUACAAAAAUACAACAUUUCUUCCGUCGCAGCAGCAAGUCCCAUUCCGGCCACCUCAGUUUGUUCUUCUUCUUCUCCUUCGUCUUUACAUCCAUGAUAAAAUCUAGGAAUUUGAAUUUGUUGUUUCCGCCGCCGUUUUAACCGCCGCUCGCAGCUACCGUUAUCGUCCUCUCAUCUUUUUCAUUGCUUUGUGAGUUUCCAGCCAUUCUCUUCGAUGCCACGGCCGCCACAGGAUGGUUGAAUUUUCAAUGAGUAAUGCUAGAUAUAGUUAUGUGCAUGAUCAGAAAUAUCCUUCUCAAGAUGUUGACAUACACCAUAUAGUUCUGAGGAGAAGUAGUGCAAAACAUCUUUUUGUGUAUGCCUCAGCACUUCUUGUAUUAGCAUGUGGAAUCUAUCUGUAUGUUUUUGAGGAAAAAUCGAUUAAUCUUGUGUAUUACAGCUUGCUUUUUGACAUUCUUCUUGUCAAGUUGUUACUUCGGAAGCCUGUUAAUAAAGAGUCUGUUGUGAUUAUGCCAGCUUUUGGUGUACAGCUUGAGACUCACUAUGUGAGUGGAAAAGUCAUCCGAUGCUAUGUUCCCAUUGACAAGAUUCUAAAACCUGUCUUAUUAGAAUGUGUGACUCCAGUGACUUGCUACUGGACUCUAUCCUUGAUUGUUCGCGAGGAAUCAGAAAUGGUGUUAGUUUUCAAGAAAUUGCAACCGCCUGUUAAAAUGCUGGUCCAUGUCUGGAAGGCUUUGUGUGCUGCAACAGAUAAUAAAGAAGAGACUUGUAUACAUACAAGUGAGUGAUGGAUGAGUUCCUAAUUGUUAUACUCUUGAAUUCACAUGAAAAAAUGAUCAUCAUAACCGUACUGGUUCAGGACUCACUGAUAUGAUCUCAAAUUGAUAGUUUGGAAUAGGACUGCUAGAGCAAGUGCCUUCCCACUAUCAUGUCUGAAUGGAACCUCUGCUAUACGUAAUUAAGAAAAAUGUAACAAGGCCUUGAAAAUUGGCAUAGAAAAUCAGCAUAAACAUAGAAGAAGCUUAAGAAACAAUGUUAGAACAAUUCAUAGUUUCUUUGCAGGUUAAUCUAGAAUAUGCGAUCUAUUAUUUUUAUGUUGUUUUAGAGGGUGUUGGUUGCACUCCACCACCAUACUUGCUACACAUUAACCUUUAUAAAAUGCCUAUCAAUUUUAACAUGUUUGGUUCAGUUACGUUGAA